AUGAAAAAGACGAACAAAACAGGAAAUUCAUCUUUAAAAAAUAAUAAUGAUAAUAACGAUUUAAAUAAAUGCCCCAAUUAUUUUAAUAUAAAUAAAAUUAAAGAAUUAUAUAAUUUCCAAAAUGACCAUGACUAUGAAAAGAUUUUUAAUGUCUCCGAAAAAAACACACUUGGGACAAGAAAAAGAAAUAAAAUCAGCGAAGGAAAUGAUAUAUCAUUAUCAAAAAAUGGGAAUAAUAUAACAAUCCAAAAUAAAAAAAUCGAUGAUGUUACAAAAUCUGCUCGAAUUACCAAAGGAAAUCGAACAAAUUCAUCUGAAAACAUUCCAAAUGGAUUUCCUCACUCUAAUGAAUUACAAGCAUCUAUGUCACAACAGGUAUUUACUAAUUUCAACUUCCCACAAAUUAAAAAAAGCCAAAGUAGCAAGGAAAAUAAUUCACAAACAGUUCAUAAAAAUAAAAAAAUUAAACUAAACAAUGCUUAUGAUGAAUCAUACUUUUUUAAUAAUUCGUUGGAUAAGACACCAACGAAAAAUAUGACCAAUAAUAAUAUUGAUACACAUGAUCAAAUUUAUAUAAAAAGAACCAGUAAAAAAAAUAUCCAAAGAAAUAAAAAUAAUGACUCAGCUACUACUCCUAACAAUAUAUUAAACAAAUAUGAUUUCAUUCGAUAUAUAUGCUCUCCAACUAAAAUUGCAUCCAAUGAUAACAAUGAACAAAAUAAAUGUAAUAUAUCGAAUAAACAAAAAGAUGUAACUGAUUUACAAAAAAUACAAUAUUGUAAUAAAAACCGUAAAAUAGCGCACACUGAAAUUAUCACUAACUCUGAUUCUAAUGUUCAAAUCACUAAUAAUAAUAAUAAAAACCCAUCUUAUUAUAUUCAAACUGAAAACAAUAUGCCAAAUAAAUUACCAGAUUCAGAAACGCGCUAUAAUAAAUAUAAAAAACAUAUGCCUAUAGAUUUGACUAUUGAUAUUCCAAAACAAUCACCCGACGAAAUUAACACAGAUAUAGAAUCCAAAACACCUACAAAAAAAUAUAGCAAUACAGACCAAGAUAAUUUUCAGGAUAGUAACAAGAGAACACCGAUAGAUCUAAACAGUGCGGAAUCCAUAAAAAGACUAAAAAAAAACUUUUUUAUAAACAAUAAAAAAUUUUUCAUAAAUGAUUUCAAAAUAGAUGAUAUAAAGGAUAAAGCUAAAAAUGUUGAACACCCACAACCUACUCAUGAUUGUAAUAUUACAGAAGGAAUUAAUUAUAAAAGUGAAAAUUUUAAAUAUGUUGGAAAAGAAGAUAAUUCAAAUUUUUAUAAUAAUAUAACUAAUUCAAACGACAAUAAUGAACAAAAUUGUGAUGACGAUAGUCAUGAUGAACAAUAUUAUUUUGGUUAUGAUAACAAAUUUAAACAAAACAAGAAAAAAAGUUAUAAUAUUUCAAAAUCUUUAUAUAGCUAUUUAGAUCUUUCCUAUAAUUGUUCUAAAGAUGAAAUUAAAAAAGCUUAUAAGGAUAAAAUAAAAAUUCACCAUCCUGACAAAGGAGGGGAUAUUAAACAAUUCUUAGAAAUAAAAUUAUCAUAUGAUAUUUUAAUUGAUGAAAAAAAAAGGAAAGCGUAUGAUAAAUAUGGAAAUACUAUGCUUGAAUUGUUGAUGAGUGAAAACUUUAACGAUUAUAAUAUAUCAUCAGAUGAAAAAAAUUGUGAGACAGAAAAAGAUGAUGAAGAAAAUGAAGAAAAUGGAGAAGAUGCCGAUGAUGAAUCUUUAAGAAUAUACGAUUUAUUUGUACAAAAAUAUAAUAAUGUUUCAUAUCUUCAUAAUCGAGGAAGUCUAAAAAUUAAUAGCAAUCAAUAUAAUCAGUUUCAAAAAUUAGUUUAUCAUUUUUUCAAUAAUCAGCAAAAUUGCAUAUUUAAAAAUAUAUUUUAUAUAUAUCCUAUUUAUUCUAAAAAUAUGCCACCAUUUAGUAAAAGCGACGCAUAUAAUAGUACCAAUAAAAAAAAGAAAAAAAUAUAUACUAAUAUAAAUGAUAGUCGAAAUUCUACAAAUAGUUUCAAUCAAAUCCAUGCUGAAUAUGAUAAUGAUUAUGGAAGUAUAAACAAAUCCGAUGAACAUAUCGAAGAUAAUAGUAAAGACGAUUAUACCCAAUCAAAUGAUAGUUUAUUCGAAAGCUCAUCGUAUUCAGAUAUAGGAAAAGAAAUUACGAUUAAUGAUAUAAUAAAGAAAAAAAAACGUAUUAACAUAUUUGAAGAAUUAACCACACAGUUUAAUAAAUUUUAUAAUGAAACUAUUAUUCAAAAAACAAAUAAUUCUGAACAAUUUCUAAAUACCUCUCAAAACUCCCAUCAUAAAAUACCACCCGACUAUACAAAUAAACCUUUUGAAACACAAAACAAUGAUGCUACCACUUUUGUGAAAGACAAUAUAUCAAAAGCUGUAAAUGAUACACACAGCCCUAACGAUGGUUAUGAAGAUAAAUACAACUUUUUUAAAGAUAUACAAAUUUCUCCUAUUAAGCAUAAAGUUAUUAACGAAAGCACUGACAAGGAUGUUGACUGUUUUUAUAAAUGGUUUGAUUUUUUUUUUAAAAAUGAUAAUACAUCCCCACAAAGAAAUAUAUACGCAAAUCAAACCUCUUUAUCCUCGAAAAAUCAGCCAAAUAAAACAAAAGAUUUUAACUCACAAAAAGAAGCUAUAAUAUUUCAAAAUAACAAUUCAUCCAAUUUGAACAACACUCAUAUAAAUAAGCCUACUGAAUAUACCCCUUCGAAAAGUAACCCUAAUAUGUUCCAAUUUUUUAGUCAAAAUAAUCAAUUUUCCCCAAAUGCUUACAAAUAUGAAUACCCUUAUAAUUAUUCAUAUAGUAUUAAUAAAUGUGAUAAUACCAAAUGUUCAAAUUCGAAUAAAGAAAAUAUAAAUCCAUAUUCUUAUCAUAAUAAUUCACCAAUAAAUUCAAACUAUCAAUAUAUAUCUGAUUACAAAAGCGAAAAUUUACAAAAACCAGUUUUUUAUAGUAAUCCUUGUUACAAUAAUAUGUAUCAAAAUGUGUCAUCACCUAAUUUAUAUACUCCAAUAAAAAUCAGUGAUAAAAAAAACAAACAAAAUUCUGAUAAUAUUCCCAUUACAUAUAGCUAUGAUAAAAAGAAAGAUGACGUAUUGAUAAACAUUGAAGAAAAAUAUGGUUUCAAUUUACUCAAAAAAAAUGAACAAAAGAUUAAAGACAUGACAUAUGAUUUUAAUUAUAUUUAUAUAGGACAUAAUGUUAAGAAAAAAAAAAGAUUUCUUCUAUUUAUAAAAGAAGAAAGUAUAAAAAAUUUUCUAAAAAUCAAAUUAUUAAUUCAUAAAAUAAAAAACAAAUCAAAUUUAAAACACAUAUCACUAUUUCAAAAAGAAAUUGAUAAAAUCAUUAAAAAUAUAGAAUACAUAUUAUUAUUUGUAACAUGUAAAGAUGAACUAAUACCUUUAACCGAUUUCUACUUGUUGGAUAAAAAUGUAUAUUCAAAGGAGCACUAUUGUAUACCUUUACACAUAAAAAAAAAUAGCAUAGUAUUAAGGCCAGCUUACUUUCAUUUAAAAUGGGUUAUAUAUACUUUACAAUCAUUUAUCCUUUUUAAUUUGUUUUUUCAAAGAAUUAAUAAAUAUAUGUGCUCUUUUCCAUUUUUUAAUUAUAAAUAUAACUAUUUUAAAAAUUUUAUCAUUUCCGAGCAACAAACAGAUCAAGAUAAUAUUUCAAAUACAUACAUUUUCUUUCAUAAUCAUAUUAUCAAAAAUAAACAUAAAUAUAUCAAAUAUUUCCCACACAAACUAAGUCUAUAUCUUAAAAAAUUGGAACCUAUAACUCCAUCAAAUGCAAAACAUAUACAAAUUAAUUUAUCUCCCCUUUUUGUCUUGACGCCUUAUAAAAAUUUCGAUCUAACCGAGUAUUGA